UCUGUAUUCUUACGAGAGAUAAAGGAAGAAGAAAAGAGGUAUGUAUCUCGAAUAACCGGUGCUGGAUAAAGCGCGAAGCCCUAUUCUGCUUAAAGCGGGUUUGAUUUGAGAAGCACGACAUCAGUACAACAGCCCCACCAACCAUAACCAUAUUCAUUCAUUAGUCGACAAACAGUGAAAGGGAGCUCAUUUCGAUGUCGGAAAAGCAGCAGAAUCGACCGUACAAUUCUACAGUUGCACAGCACAACAGGCUAUUUAUAGAGAACAGCCAUGGGGAGAAGCUUGUUGGGAUUUUACAUGAAACUGGGUCUACUGAGCUUGUAGUUAUAUGCCACGGAUUCCGGUCCUCGAAGGAUCGCAUUCCCAUGGUGAACCUUGCUUUUGCUUUUGAAAGAGAGGGAAUUAGUGCCUUCCGGUUUGACUUUGCCGGUAAUGGGGAGAGUGAAGGUUCAUUUCAAUAUGGCAAUUACCGUAGAGAAGCAGAAGAUCUACGUUCUGUGGUUGAGCACUUUCAGGCAGAGCAACGCCUCAUAGUGGCACUUAUUGGACACAGUAAAGGAGGGAAUGCUGUGCUUAUGUAUGCUUCAAGGUACAAAGACAUACAUACAAUUGUCAAUAUUGCUGGCCGUUUCAACUUAAGGAGAGGGAUUGAAGGUCGCUUGGGUAAAGACUUCCAAGAAAAAAUUGAGCGAUGUGGAUUUAUUGACGUUAAAAACAGAAGAGGAAAAACUGAGUAUCGAGUAACUAAGGAGAGUUUGAUGGAUCGGUUGGCAACAGAUACUCGUUCUGCAUCUCAAACCAUCCCACUAAGCUGCAGGGUGUUAACAAUUCAUGGUACAUUGGAUGAAUUUGUACCUGUCGAAGAUGCACACAAUUUCGCCAAGUAUAUACCUAAUCAUAAGCUAUGUAUAGUUGAAGGAGCUGAUCAUGAAUACACUAAGCAUCAAUCUGAAUUGGCUUCUACUGUGUUGAACUUUGUGAAGACCGGUCUGCGUAAAGAUUCUCGUCUCUAAUUAUUAAAAUGCAAGUGUAAACAAAAGUUUAGUUAGCAAGGAGACUUAAGUGGUACAGGGAUGUAAGAAGUGUAGGCGAUUUUAUCUUAUCAAACUGACAUGAUAGCUUGUGUAUCUAUCAACCAAUAGGCCUUCAAUGAGAAAUGUCUUGAGUUUUGAACAUUU